AUGGAGUAUCAAGAAAACGUUUAUUCAAACUAUUACGAUCAAUCCCAGCAAAGAAGAAACCCAUCCAGAUCGGGGGUGAAUCCUCAACAACGUACACCAGUUGGUUAUCAACAAACUGUUAGUCCAGCAUAUGAAUUUCCUCAACGACCGCAACAAGGAUAUCAGUUAACACAACAAGGAUAUCAGCCAACACAACAAGUAGGAUACCAGCAGUCCACAUAUCAGCCUCCUAUUGAUAAUCAACUUAGAAGGCAACCAACUAAUGGUUUUGGCUAUGAAAGUAUUGCUCCAAAUGUUAACAAUUAUGGAGAAGGAAAUUAUAACUACGAACAAGAAUAUGACGAAAAGUAUAACAAAAGAAGGUCUGCUCGUCAUGUCGAACUUACUCACGGAAAUUUAGUGUUAGAUUGUCCAGUACCUGACAAAGUACUUCGUAAUGUCAAAUAUAAUGACGGUGAAGAAUUUAACACUAUGCGAUACACUGCUGUCACGUGUGAUCCUGACGAUUUUGUUCAAAAUAAAUAUCUUCUUCGACCUCACAUUUAUGGUCGAAAAACUGAACUUAUGAUUGUUAUGACCAUGUAUAAUGAAGAUGAUAGACUUUUUAUCAAAACAAUGUCUUCUGCUAUUAAGAAUGUCGCUCAUCUCUGUUCAAGAACCAAAUCUAAAACGUGGGGACGUGAAGGUUGGCAAAAAGUAGUCGUAGUAAUAGUGUCUGAUGGUCGUAAUAAGAUCCAUAAACGAACCUUGAAUGUUUUGGGUGCCAUGGGUGUUUAUCAAGAUGGAAUUAUGCAAGAUAGUGUUGCCGGAAAAUCUGUAACUGCGCAUCUUUUUGAAUACACCACUCAAUUAAUGAUUGAUAAUGAGUGUAAUAUUCGUGGACAAGACAAAAAUAUUCCACCAGUUCAAGUUUUGUUUUGUUUAAAAGAAAAGAAUGCUAAAAAAUUAAAUUCUCAUCGUUGGUUUUUCAAUGCUUUUGCUGCUCAAUUGAAUCCAAAUGUCUGCGUUUUGCUUGAUGUUGGUACAAAACCUUCUCAUACUUCAAUUUAUCAUUUAUGGAAAGCUUUUGACCGUGAUCCUUCUGUUGGUGGUGCUUGUGGUGAAAUAAAAGCUGAACUUGGGGAAGGAUGGAGGAAUCUUAUUAAUCCUUUGGUCGCUUCUCAAAACUUUGAAUAUAAAAUGUCCAAUAUUUUAGAUAAACCAUUAGAAUCAGUUUUUGGUUACAUUUCUGUAUUACCAGGUGCUUUCUCGGCAUAUCGAUAUAAAGCUUUGCAAAAUACAUCCCCCAAUAGAGGUCCUUUAGCUUCUUACUUUAAAGGUGAAGCUAUGCACGGUUCGGGUGCUGCUAAUGCCGGUAUCUUUGAAGCAAACAUGUACUUGGCUGAAGACCGUAUUCUAUGUUUCGAAUUAGUUGCUAAAAAAUAUGAAUCAUGGAAAUUGAAAUAUUCUGCUAAAGCAGAAACUGAUGUCCCAGAUAAUAUACCUGAAUUUAUUUCCCAACGUCGUCGUUGGUUAAAUGGAUCCUUUUUUGCUGCUUUCUACUCUGUUGCCAACUUUACACGUAUCUGGACUUCUGGACAACCAUUUUACUGCAUGUUAAUGUUACAAGUUGAAUUCAUUUAUAAUGCCGUUCAAUUAUUAUUUAAUUGGUUCGCCUUGGGCAAUUUCUUUUUGGCUUUCUUCUUUCUUACUCAAUCCACCACUUCAAAUCCAGAAACUGAUCCUUUCCGAGGUUAUGGAAACGAGUUAUUUGAUGGUGUACGAUCGUUAUAUCUGAUGGUCAUUAUAACGAUUUUCAUUUCUUCGAUGGGUAAUCGUCCUCAAGGUUCCAAGUUCAUAUAUACACUUUGCAUAGUCCUUUUUGCUAUUAUUAUGACAACUAUGCUUUAUUGUGCAUUCUACACUGUAUAUCUUGCUUUAUACAAAACGACACCUCCAAUUAAUUUCAAAAGUUUCUCGAGUAUCCAAGCUGCUUUACAAAGGGCUGCUUUUCGUGAUAUCGUAAUUUCUAUUGUUUCAACUUAUGGUUUAUAUUUCUUUGCAUCCUUCAUUCAUGGUGAACCUUGGCACAUGUUUACUUGUCUAUUACAAUAUAUCUUACUUGUUCCUUUUUAUGUCAAUAUUCUCAUGGUUUAUGCAUUCUGCAAUACCCAUGAUGUUUCAUGGGGUACAAAGGGUGAUAAUGGUAAUUCUGCUAAUUUAGGUGGUGCACAGGCAGUGACAGGGAAGGAUGGUAAACAAAUGUUUAAAGUUGAAAUUCCUACUGAAAAAGAAGAUAUCAAUGCUGCAUAUGAUAAGAUUACGAGUGAGUUAAAAGUUAAAGUUUACGAAGAGAAACAACAUCGAGAUAGUUCUACGAAAAAGGAUGAUUACUAUAAAUUGUUUAGAACAAAUUUAGUACUCACAUGGAUGUUUUCAAAUGGAUUCAUUAUUUUAAUCUUUACAUCGAAUACUUGGCAAAGAUAUAUCAAUUCCAUUUACCCUGAUGGUGCCUAUAAUCCUUAUUUGACCUUCAAAACAUAA